AAAAAAAAAAAUAAACGAAAUGUUCGACGUGUUCGACAAAGAUUUGAAGAAAUGUUUUAAGUUACUGAUGAAAUGACUACAGAUAAUAAAAGAAUAAAAAUGUCAAAUGUCAUAACACAAUCAGAAAAUGAUGACAGAAAGUAUAGAUACAUUUCUCUUGAUAAUGGAUUAAGGGCAUUAUUGAUAUCUGAUCUGAAAGAAGGGGAGAGUGUGGUUGAUGAGGAUGUAGAAUCUGACGAGGAAUCAGAAGAGGAAGAGGUGGAAGACCAUGGAAUGGAAAUGGAUGACCAGUCAGAUGAAGAGGUGGAUGAAAAUAUUGCCAAUUCACAGCAGAUGGAGAGAAAGUCAGCAGCAGCUUUGUGUAUUGGAGUUGGAAGUUUCUGUAACCCAGACAACAUUCCAGGAUUUGCUCAUUUUCUUGAACAUAUGGUAUUCAUGGGAAGUAGUAAAUAUCCAGGAGAAAAUGAACUGGAUGACUAUAUCAGUACACGUGGUGGAGACACAAAUGCAUGGACAGAUACAGAAAAGACCUGUUUUUAUUUUGGAGUAGAACAAAAGUACUUUUACAGAGCAUUAGACAGAUUUGCUAAUUUUUUUAUCAGCCCACUGUUUAAGGAAGAUGCAGUUGAUAGAGAAAUCGAAGCUGUUGACAGUGAGUUUCAGAUGAACUUGACAGAUGAUAAUUCCAGAGCAAGUCAGCUGUUUUCUCUUUUAGCCAGAGAGAAUCAUGUCAUGAGAAUGUUUAUGAUAGGUAAUGCUGAAACAUUACGUGAAACUCCAGAGAAACAAGGACUGAACAUUUACAGUAAACUUAAAGAUUUCUACCUGAGGUUAUACUCUGCACAGUACAUGACAUUAGCUGUUUACUCAAAAGAUACCUUAGACAGAAUGGAAACACAUGUGAAGGAUAUAUUCUCAUCAAUUCCUAACAAUAAUCUUCCAAGGCCAGUAUUUGACAGUCAUAAGGAACCUUUCCCUGAUGUUUCUUUUCACAAAAUUAUUAAAGUUUUACCUGUGAACAAUGUACAUAAGAUGUGGGUUUCAUGGGCCUGUCCACCUGUUGGUGAUCUGUAUAGGACUAAACCACUUGAUAUCCUAGAUGCCUUAAUUACACACGAAGGAAAAGGCAGUAUUUUAUCACUACUAAAGAAGAAAACUUGGGCAGUAGGAUUGGAAGGAAAUAUGUCAUAUGAUGGUUUUGAUUUUAACUCAACAUGGAGCUGGUUUUUAUUUUCCAUCAAGCUGACACCUGAAGGAUUCAGCCAUUACAGAGAGGUUUUGGUGAUAGUAUUUGAAUACCUUCAUAUGCUGAGAAAAAAAUUUGAAAGCUUGACAGCAUUUUAUGAAGAACAAAAACUGAUUGCUAAAACAAACUUCAGGUGGAGAGAAAAGAUUGACCCCUUAGAAUAUGUAGAGAAAGUAGCAGAAAACAUGCAGUUUUUUUCAGAAGAGGAUGUAUUAACUGGAAGAUCACAGUUUUAUCAGUAUGAUGAGAAGAUGGUGAAAUCAUUUUUAGAUUUCAUGACACCAGAGCAUUGUAAUGUUACAUUAAUGGCAAAAGAACUUGAAGAACUAUGUACAUUGGAAGAAAAAUACUACAAAGUUAAAUACUGCAUGGAAGAAUUUGAUGAGAAAUUAAUGUUGAACUUACAAAGUGUACAGAACAAUCCAGAACUUCACUUCCCUGAGCCAAAUCAGUACAUUGCCACUGAUUUUGAUCUUAAAAUUGUAAAGGAAGAGUCUUGUACUAAAUACCCAGUUUUGCUGAAAGAAGACAGCUUCAUAAAAAUGUGGUACAAAAAGGACAAUAAAUUUUGUGUCCCUAAAGGGUACAUACAUAUUCACCUUAUGAGUCCUGUCACAUACAAAACCUUGGAGAAUGCUACUAUGUUUGACAUAUACAUCAACCUGUUAACACAGAUACUGAAUGAAGUAACAUAUUCAGCAGUAAUGGCUGACCUUGAUUUUUCAAUAGAUGGCCAUAAGACAGGAAUGGAGAUUAUAAUGGACGGCUUUUCUCACAAACUUCCUGAACUGUUAAAAGCAGUGAUGAAGGAGGUGUUUAAUUUAACAACUACAGAAAAGUUUUAUCAGGCUAUCUGUACUGAGCUUAAGAAGUCUUAUCACAAUACUAUGUUAAAAACAGAUGAAUUAUGCAGAAAUGUAAGAUUUGCUGUACUAGAACCAGUUCAAUGGACUUAUGCAGAAAAAUAUCUUGUUGUAGAUAGUCUGUCUGAAGACUUUGUCAAAUUCAUGAAUUUUGUCAAAGAAUUUCAGUCUAAACUGUUUGUAGAAUCCUUUGUCACUGGAAAUUUCACACCAGAGGAAGCUGUGAGUUAUGCUGACAUAAUGAAGAGUCAUAUGUCUGGUGAAGUUGUACCUCAUGACCAGCAGUUCAAGCUGUUACUUAGAGAAGUACCAAAGUCAUCUUACUACUGUCAACAGUACAGUCACAACCUAUCUGAUGCCAACUCUACAUUAACUGUAUACCUACAGUCUGAACCAGGCACAUUUCACACAAAUUGUUUAAACCAAUUGUUACAGGCAAGAAUAAAGGAACCCUGUUUUGACACAUUAAGAACAAAACAUCAGCUUGGCUAUGAGGUGUAUAGUCAGAACCUUGUCACCAACGGUAUACUGGGAAUGUCAAUUGUUGUAGAAUUCCAAGCUCAUAAAUUCAGUAUGUUGGAAGUAGACAAUCACAUUACACAGUUCUUAGAAGAUUUCAGCACCACCAUUGAUGAUAUGACAGAGACUGAGUUCAGUAGUUUGGUUGCUUCAUUGAUAGUUGUUAAGCAGACAGAAGAUUCAAAUUUGGGAGAGGAAGCAUCCAGAUCUUGGAAAGAAAUAUUAGAACAGCUAUAUGUAUUUGAUAUACUUGAAAAAGAGAUAUCAGUACUUAGGACCAUUUCCUUGGACAGCUUUAAAUCAUGGUACAAACAAUACUUACCACAAGAAGACAGAAGGAUUAGUUUCCAGGUCUUAGGCCACACAGACCAGACAAGAAGGACAACAGCUGAAUUAGGAUAUAAAGACAUAGACAGCAUGAAGAGUAAAGGGUUUCCAUGUAUCAGUGAUAAAGACUUUAGUAACAUAAAACAUAUAGAUGACAUUGAAACAGCUACUUCAAACUGGACUAUACAUCCUCUUACUAAAAUAACAAGCUGAUGAAGGUUUAUUUUAGUUUUAUUAAUAAAGGUGCUAGUCAUUUUA